AGGAAAGAUUCGGUUCUAAACUUUAAACGAGCAAAAGAACCGACUCAAAGAUCCGAUUCUGCAUCUGACGUCAUCCGUGUGGUCCGUUGGAACGUAUUGGCGGAAAAAUUUGAAAACAGCAAAAGGCAAAGCUGGACUCCUAUAGCAGUCAAAAUGAGCCGAAGACCAAGCAGCAGGUAUUCCGAGAUGCCGAUGCGUGUGACUGAUGGCAGGAUGAGCAUGGCGAAUGCUACACCACAGAGCAACAAUGUGUUUGGCAAGCUGAACAUCCCUAAGCCUCAGUCCAGCACAUCAGAGAGGAGGACCAGCUUUUUUGGGAAAGGAGCUAGUGUAGGUGCAGGUGGGCAGAGAAACAGCAUGUUUGGGAGUUAUGGAGGUUCAGAAAAGAUGAAGGACCCACGACCUCUUCAUGACAAAUCCUUCGUUCAGCAGUGUAUCAAGCAGCUUUGUGAGUUCCUUGGAGACAAUGGAUUUCCAGCUACAAUCACAGUCAAAUCUCUUCAGUCACCUUCCACUAAAGAGUUUCUGAAGAUCUUUGAGUUUAUUUACAGUUUGCUGGACCCUACCUUUCAGAUGCCUACAGCCAAGGUUGAAGAGGAAAUACCUAGGAUGUUGAGAGAUUUAGGGUACCCAUUUCCUCUAUCAAAAAGCUCCAUGUACUCCAUUGGGGCACCACAUACUUGGCCUCAGGCUCUGGGAGCCCUCGUCUGGCUAAUUGACACUGUUAGAAGCUUUAACAGUAUGAAAAGUCAAGAUGUACUGUUUGGGGACUUUUCAGAUGGCUACUCUGAACUGGAGGAUGGAAUGGAGUACAAUAAGCUCUUUUUAGAAUAUUGCUCUAAGACGUACAAUAAAUUCAUGCAAGGAGCAGAUACCUUUGAGGAUGAGGAUGCAGAUUACCUCAGCCAUCUAAAGAGGCUGUAUAAUGUUGACGAGGCGCUACUGGAAUCACAACAGGAGAAACACAGAGUGUUGAUGUCUGAAGUAGAAAGACUGGAGAAAGAAAGUCAUACUGAUCGUUUAAUGGGACAAAGGACGGAGAAACUGAAGUUACAGACUGACCUCCAGAAGCUGCAGAGCUACCGUACUCACAUGGACUCUUUCAAAUCCCACCAGGAGAAUAAGGCUACAGCACUGUCUGAGGAACUGGAGGCAGCAAACCUUCAACUGGAGAGUCUGAAGAGGGAGCAGGCCAGGCUGCAGCACAUUCUGGAAAAUCAGAAGUUCACUCCGGCUGAUAUAGAGCGCAUCAACAGAGAGAGGAAUGAGCUACAGCAGAACGUUAAUACCCUGAGUCGCAGCCUUGAGGAGGCCCAGCAGCUGGUCUGGAAUGAGGAGAUCACCCUGGCUAAAACCAAGGAGAGGGUUGAGGUAAAGUUGGCAGAGUACCACAAACUGGCACGCAUGCUAAAGCUUAUUCCCCAGUCAGCUGAGAAUGCCUGUGGCCACGACUUUGAGAUCAGAACAGUCAGUGACUAUGGCCCAACCACCGCCACCCAAAUCAAGAGUCAGAUACAGAAUCCUCUUAAAAGCAUGCUGGUGGAUGUAGAGGAAGAGUUCAGCAAUGUAACUAAUAUGAAGCUGAGCCUGGAUGAGACAGUGGAACAGAUAAAGUCCAACAUUUCUGAGAAGUUAAAUGACAUGAAGCAGCUUAAGGAGCAGAUUCGCAGACUGGAUGAGCAGUGGGAGCGUGAUAUGCAGGAUAUGGCUCAUGAAGAGGAAAAGUGGGCAGCUGAUGUGGAUUCUGCUGAAAGUCACAAGAAGCUUCUAGAAAAGAAAGUCAUGGAUGGACAUGAGGAAGCUGAAGAGCAGCUGAAAGCAGCCCAACAACAGUACCAUCUUGUUCUUCAGGAAACCAAAGAAGAAAGCCGGAUGGUAGCAAACAAUCUGACACAUGUCUUCACUGCUGCAGUCGGCCACUUGGACAUAGUUGAGAAACAUUGUAGCGGCCAAGUCAAAAAGAUGGACAAGAUGAAUGAAAUUAUCCGUGAAGACCAAGUAGAUCUGCAGCAGCUAAAGGAAAUGGUUGAAAACUUUGUUGCUAGAGCAAAUAGUUUUUAAUGAAUAAAUGGGAAACCAAUUUGUAAAUA